GUCAUGUCUUUUGAUGAAGAUUGGACGUCACCCCUGUCAAGAAUGCUUCUUUUCUCGUGUGACGUGCGGGAUAUGACUGCCCAGUCGUUGAACAAGCUGGUUGAGCCCAACAAGCUGAAACAACCAGCUUUCUAAGGUUCCCCUCGUUUGCUGCUCAGUUACCAACCACAUUUCGAACUUAAAUGACCUUCACAUACCCAACAUGUUCACCGAUCGCUUUCUGGCAUAGGCGGACUGCACCCAGCGAUCAAAUGGCAAACAAUUCACUCAUUCAAAGUGCGAAUUUCGCACACAGCCAUGACCAUGAAUACCUCUCAGGACGGCCGAGCGAUGAGGAUCUCAAGAUUGAGAUCAAUGCCUUCCGUCGCAACACCAUCGACUUCCUCGCCAGUUAUCUUGCCACAAGAGAGGCAAUUGCUCACAAUCAUUCGCCAGGAAAUCAUAUGAACGGCAGCAACAGCAGUACAGACAUAACCAAAGCACUACCCACCCCAAACAAGUUCAUCACCCUCAUCGCCACCCACGACCAACUCCAAAUGCAGCUCGUCCCCCUGCGCAACAUCCUCCACCAAACCCUCCACAAAGCCUGGAUCCGACUCCUACGAUCAAACUUCUACCUAGUUUCCAGCCUCCUCCUCAAACUCACCACCCCCCUCCUCACAACUAACACACCUCUCUCCAUCCUCCUCUCCAUCCUCCUCGCUGCAUCAUCAGCCGACACACUAGCCUACCGGACACUCCUCUACCUCCUCCUCUCAUCCAAAACAAAAGACACAUCCCAGAUCAAAGCCCGCCUAGACGAAGAAAGCUCCUUCUUCAAACAACCCGACACCAACAACCCUGACUUCUCAGCCUUUAUCCAAACCUGGCUCCUCACGGCGGACGACCUCGUCAAACUAGGCGCCAAAUGCCACUCCUGGAUCCCACAAGAUGACGAUGAGAGGCAGCAACUCAUGACCGGUUCCCACGGACACAACCCAAUCACUACUUCCGAGAGUGACCGGGGCUAGGCAUGGGCAGAAUGGUACGCCGGGCGCCUGGGCGGAAG